AUGAAAUAUACUCUUCUCAAUAUGAAGAUAAUCAACAGUUUAGUAAAGUAUUUCUAAGUCUGAUUUGUCUAUGAACGAGAAACUCGAGCAGAAUCAAAACAAAUCAAAAGAAGUUGAUAAUUUUCAGUUUAAUGGAUACCAAAAUGGAAAGCAAACAAAUUUGUCGACUUUGCAUGAACAGCGAUGGGUACAUGGUAGAAAUAUUCUCGAAUUCUAUUGUAGUUAAUGAACCUGGAAAGAUGAAUUUAGCCGAAAAGAUAAGAAUUUUAUUUGGAUUGAAUAUAACACCAAAUGAUGGUCUACCAUUGGUUGUUUGUCAUAAAUGUCUCGUUUUCACUGAAAGUUGCAUGCAGUUUCGCGAUCAGUGUUUAAAGAACGAUGCAGAACUGAAAAUCAUCUUUAAAAUUAACACUACAAACAUUGAAGAUAAUCGUCCACAAGAACCAACAGAGUCUGAAAUUAUUGAAGAAGAUGACGAUGAAGAAGUUAUCACGUUGAAUCCCAACAAGUUGUAUGAAAGUAGUGACGAAUCAGACAACGAACAGCAAUCACAUGAUGCUCGAAUUAUUGAGCACAAUCCAACAGUCACCAUCUUACCUAAGUCAUCAAUAAACGUUACCACUCAAUCAACAGUAAAAUCAGCAAUUGUUGGCAAGAAUUCAACUAGAAAAGACAUUUUCCAUUGCCGUUACUGUGACGUUGUGUUCUCAGAUAAUAACGCAUGCGAACAUCACGAGAAACAUCAACACGAUCCUGUUAAUCCAUUUAAAUGCUUAAUAUGUUCAUUUAUGACAAAUCAACACACGACACUCAUCGCUCAUAUCCGACAAAGUCACAAUACUGAGAAAGCUCAUCAAUGUACGCAGUGUAACAAAUCCUUCAAUCGCCGAGCUGAUCUGAGGAAGCACACGUUCGUUCAUGCUGGUAUUCGACUCUUUUCAUGUGAUCUUUGCAAGAAAUCCUUCACACGUAAUGCAAACCUCACCAAACAUAAACGAACACAUUCAGCGACAACUGCACGACCAUGGAAAUGUUCACUUUGUCCGAAAUCUUUCUUUUCUAAUCACGAACUGACUCGUCAUUUUGAAAUUCACGUCGAUCGUCAAUCGUUGGUGUGCAAAUAUUGCAAUCAAGCAUUCACAAGACGUGAUCAACUUGAAAGUCAUCAGAAGACGCAUUUUGAGAAUCGAUCAAUGUUGCAGAAUGAAAUUUCAUCAUCUGCAACCUCCACCACAGUUAUCAAUAAUCUUCAAUCACAACCUAUUGUGUUCUAUAAUCAGCCAUCAGAAACUGGUGGUGAGAAUUCAACUCCGAUGAAUUUCUACACUGAAAAUAAACCGAUAAACCUCGACGAUGAAAGUUUACAAGUUUUUCCAUUAAAGAAGGAAGAAUAUCCGAUAAUGAAUCAACUUUUAAGUGGAUUAAAUGUUCAAUCAACACGAAACUUCAUUUGCAACGUUUGUCAUCACACAUUUAUGAAGAAGAAAGAGCUUGAUCGACACAUAAUCAGCAUUCAUCAUCCAAAAAAACAAUUUAAUUGUGACAAAUGUACGAAAGUUUUCUAUCGGAAAGAUAAACUUUUAUGUCAUAAGAAAGUUCAUUCGAUGGAAACGUUGUUCAAUUGUAAGUUUUGUCCAGCCGUGUUUCUACGCCAACAAAAUCUCGAUCAACAUUCAAGAUUACAUCAAAUGGAGAAUGGUGAACAUACACCUCAAAAUCAGCUGUUAUCGUUAUUGCAGCAACAACAGCAACAACCGCCAGUUACAGCAGAGAAUAAUGGAUUUUCAGGAAACAAUCAAUUGACGUCGACAACAAUAACAAAUGUCCCAAUGAAUCUUUCAAUGAAUUGGAAUUCCAAUGAACCGAUCAAUCUUUCAAAUGAUCGAGUUGAAAAAUUCCCGCAAGCGAUGAAAGUUGAAAGUUUCGAACCUUUAAUGAAGACUGAACCAAUAUCUAAUAUUAUUCUUGAUUCGGAUAAUGAUGAUGAAAGUACUGAAUUGAAAAUUGUUGAAGAAAAUUUUCGUGUUAAAAGUUCAUCAUCGAUUUUCAAUUUUCCCGAGAAAAUUGACGUACAAGAAAAUGAAUUUGAAGAUCAAACACCAAAGAAUUUUAAUGUUGAUCAUGAAAAUGUUGCUGAUAUCAAAGCUGCACUCAUCGAUGAGACAAGAAAGCCAAACAUUGAUGAAUUAUCAACAUUUGCAAUGACUUCUCGAAUUCCUGAAUUGGAUAAAUUAGAACCGUUGAGAGAUUUGCCGAUGGAAAUCUUGAAUAAUGAGUAGAUGAAUACAUAAAUUGUAUUAGCGAGUUAAUAUUUAUUUCCCCAUGUUGAAUUAUACAAUUAUGAAUUAUUCAAAUGUAGGAUAACCCUUUAGUUAUAAUGUAAUUAAAUUUUAAUUGAAUUAAAAAAAUAAUUUAGUUAGGAUAUUGUAAUAAAGCAUUCUAAUU